GGCGCGGAGCAUGCGGAGCGGCGCCCCGGGCGGCCCCCGGGCUUGGGCGCGGGCGAGGCGCGCGGGUGGCGGGGGCGCGGAGCUGCGCAGGGCCGACGGCGGGAGCGAGGACGGACCGCAGUGACUCAGGAGUCGCCCGGGAGCCAGCGCCUGGCCAGGGGGCCCCGCCCGCCUGUCGGCCCGGCCAGGCCGGCGGGGAGGCGCCCAUGCGGGGCCGCGAGGCUCGGUGAGAGCGCGCGGGCAGGCGGGCGGGCGAGCGCGCAGCCGGCACCAUGUCCAUGCUGCCCACCUUCGGCUUCACGCAGGAGCAAGUGGCGUGCGUGUGCGAGGUGCUGCAGCAGGGCGGCAACAUCGAGCGACUGGGUCGCUUCCUGUGGUCUCUGCCCGCCUGCGAGCACCUCCACAAGAAUGAAAGCGUGCUCAAGGCCAAGGCCGUGGUGGCCUUCCACCGGGGCAACUUCCGCGAACUCUACAAGAUCCUGGAGAGCCAUCAGUUCUCGCCGCACAACCACGCCAAGCUGCAGCAGCUGUGGCUCAAAGCGCACUACAUCGAGGCAGAGAAACUGCGCGGCCGGCCCCUGGGCGCCGUGGGCAAGUACCGCGUGCGACGCAAGUUCCCGUUGCCGCGCUCCAUCUGGGACGGCGAGGAGACCAGCUACUGCUUCAAGGAGAAGAGCCGCAGCGUGCUGCGCGAGUGGUACGCGCACAACCCCUACCCGUCGCCGCGGGAGAAGCGCGAGCUGGCGGAGGCCACCGGCCUCACCACCACGCAGGUCAGCAACUGGUUCAAAAACCGGCGGCAGCGCGACCGGGCGGCCGAGGCCAAGGAAAGGUACGAGGAGAACAGCGAGAACUCCAAUUCAAGCAGUCACAACCCGCUGGUUUCUUCGCUCAACGGCAGCGGCAAGUCGGUGCUAGGCAGCUCCGAGGAUGAGAAGACACCGUCGGGGACGCCAGACCACUCGUCGUCCAGUCCCGCAUUGCUGCUCAGCCCUCCUCCGCCCCCUGGGCUUCCCUCCCUGCACAGCCUGGGCCACCCUCCCGGCCCGAGCGCAGUACCCGUGCCAGUGCCGGGUGGAGGCGGCACGGACCCUCUGCAGCACCACCACAGCCUACAGGACUCCAUACUCAACCCCAUGUCUGCCAACCUUGUGGACCUGGGCUCCUAGAGCUCUUGCUUUCCGAGCUUGGUGCGGGCACAGAAAAGGUGGUGCGGGAGAGCGAUAGGUGCUGGACUCCGUACCAGGUACUAGAAGACCGCCAUGCCAUGCCACGCCACGCGACGCAGGAGCAGCAGAACUGGCGGCGGGACAAAGUGGACAAAUGUCUGCUAGGGGACCCUCUGGGGGAUAAGUUGCUUUUGAGAUAUUUUCGAGGCCAGGGACUCGGUCUUGAACCAGGCAAGGGAAUAAAUUAUAAGCCGCAAUCACCACCCCGAUUUUUCUCAUCUCUUCUCCCUUCUUUCUUUCCUCCACUUGCCUUUCUGGUUUCUUAUUUCUCCUCUGUGCCUUCUUGCUUGUUAUUCCUCUUUUCUCUUUUCCUUCUAAAUGUCUGGAGUAAGCUCUCAAUCUCCCCCCCCCCCAUUUUCUCACAUCAUACUCCAAGUCUUUCUUCCUUCUGGUCAUUUAUUUGAGCCACUUCUUCUCUAACUCUCAGCGAAUCCAUAUGAAGGAAGGUAGACAUCCUGGGACUUUGGUCCUCAAAGACUCCUCCUCUCAGUGUGAGCCUAAGUGCCAGCUAGAAAGGACUGCACCCCAGAAGCCCCCCUCUCUUUCUCCCCCUCCCUCCCUUCCUUCCUUCCCUCCCUGCCUCUGGCUCCUUCCACCUUUCAUCCUCCCCCUCACCCCCUUCUUCCCACCACACUGGUUCUUCUCUUCCUUCCUAGACGGUGGUCUCUGCACUCCCAGCCCAGAGCGCCUCCCAGCCGCAGACUUGCCUUUCCCCUUUUAUGCCCUCAUGUGAAUGUUCGUCGGGAGAUAUUUCUGCUUUUAUUUUAUAAUAAAAUUAGA